AUGUACUUACCUUGCAAGAGCGCGCACCCCGGUGCUCAAGCUCCGAAACCCGGACCGAGUGGAUCCCCCGCCAAGUGUCGAAGGCCACCUGCAUUUGGCUUCGUCACCCGAGCUUGCCCGGAGCAUACACUACUAGCUGUGUUCCCUUUACUUCGGAGGCUGAGAACAAGCAAGGCCAACCACAUGCAUGCGAACCGUCGGAAUCCUUCCAUAUUCCUUCCACAACUGUUCCAUGAUGACGGACCAUCCACUGCAUGGGCCCGGGCCAAUUUACCAAUGCCCAUGUCUGUGCUUUGA